GUCUGGGAUAGUCAGUAUUGGUGUGGGUGGGUGUGGGAGGGUGUGUGAGGGAGAGAGGGAGACUCACGGGGAGCGAUGCCGUUGGGGGUCUGGACGGAGGUGGCCAUUGUGGAUGUGGAUGUGGAUGUGGUGGUGGUGGUGGUGGUGUUGAGAAUGAGAGAGAGAGAAUGAAAGAGAGCUAGAUGGAGUGUGAGUAUCAAGUCGAGACGAGACUUUUCAAGUAGAUGAAGAGAAAGAGAAAGAGACGACGAUGCAAGUUGUGUGUAAAGACGGAAGCCGGCGGUGGUGGCGAAAGCGCAGCCAGGCCGGGGCAAGGCGUGUCUUGACGCGGUCACCGUACGCCAUCCUCCUCCUCCUCCUCCUCCUCACCUCACAAUCCUCAACGCGUCUAAUCUGAUGCCUGGGCCCCUUUCCGUCCUCCCACCCUGGGACCAGCGUCAUAACCGCCGAGCCUCUCGAAUCGUGACGUGGCGGGCAGACUCGAGGAUGGCCCGCUCUCGCCCGACGCGGCGGACGACGAGGAGGAGGAGGAAAGAGCAAGCGAUACCGGACGGGCGUGGGAGUGGCGUGGGAGCUGGCGAGCGGCAAACGCGUUUUCAGAGCCCUGGUUAUCCUGCCACGGUGGGAACUCGUGGGAACAAGUCGAGAGAUGCCGCCCACAAACGUGCUCCUCCUCCUCCUCCUCCUCCUCGCCGUUCCUCGAGCACACACCUUUCUCUUGUGCCCAGAUACUCGACGCCGCCGGGCCGCGCGCCGGCGUAUAGUCUACCGCUCCGCCUCCACGUCCACUGCGCCCACACCUGCGCCCGCGCCCACACCUGCGCCCACGCGAGUACUAAACCCACCUUUGUGCCAGCUGCUUGUUGUGAUAGUGGAGCACAAGAUGCGGGGCGCACACUCUUUUAUCGAGCGCCCAAGCAAUGCACACGCUCAACCAUCCCCGCCCCCGCAGCAAGUCACCCUCCGCCUCCGCCUCCGCCUCCCGCCCGUGCUCGGCAUUCCACCUUGUGAAGUGACAUGACAGUCGGCGCCCCGGGGGCUCUCCCUAGACUCCUACAGGCUGCAUUGAGUCCCUGGUAGCAUGCUGCAUACGCUGCCUUGCCUUGCCUCGUAACGUAGACGCCGGCAGUGGCGGCGUCGCUACUCGAUGGCCCGCCCAUGGCCCGAUGGCGGCCGCCUUGAUCUCAUCUCUUUCGCG